AUGAGCAAGCCGCUAGCCUUCGGGCUCAAUCUAUCCAAGAAGCCAGGCGCGGCAAAACCAAAAACGACACCGCUUGGCAAGAAGUCCGCGUUCCGAGGUGACGAUGAUUCCGACAAUGAAGAACAGAAAAGCGGUGCCAAAUUUGAAAGGAUUGAUGGCGUUCUAGACGACUUCGCAACGACAGCACCCAAAUCAGACACGCGCAAGAGUUCAAAACAAAAACCUGGCGCAUUGACACAGCCUCCAAAGCUAAAAUCAAAGAAUGAGCCGAGUGCCAUGUUUGGCGACCUUUCAAGCACUCUGGCUUCACGAAAGAACGCCCAAGCAGCAACAGAACUCGACGCAAGCAUCUACGAAUACGACUCCGUAUACGAUUCGUUAAAACCAAAGAAGGAUGACGCGAAGCAAGACGUGGAACGAAAACCAAAGUAUAUGAAGAGUCUUCUUCAAGCUGCUGAAGUCCGAAAACGAGAUGCGUUGAUUGCGGAAGAAAAGAAGAUUGCUAGAGAGCGGGAAGCCGAAGGAGACGAAUACGCCGACAAGGAAAAGUUUGUGACGGAAGCAUAUAGGAAGCAACAGGAGGAGAAUAGGAGGUUGGAGGAAGAAGAGAAGCGCAGAGAGGAAGAAGAGGCCAAGAAGAAUGAAGGCGGCGGCAUGUCGGCUUUUUACAGGAAGCUUCUUGAUAAAGACGAGGCGAGACAUACAGAACUUGUCAAGGCGGCAGCAGAAAAGGCCAAGGAUGGGUCUACGACGGAACAAGGCGAUGAUGAAGAGGCUGAUAGGGAGAAGUCCGAGGCUGAUUUGGCCCGCGAGUUGAACGAAAAGGGCGCAUCUGUCGCCGUGAACGAAGAAGGCCAAGUCGUCGACAAGCGCCAGCUCCUGAAGGGGGGCUUGAACGUGGGCGCCAAAAAAAAGGAAGAGGCUCGCAGAGAGGCUGAACGGCCCAAAGAGCCGGAAAGGAGACCUACGAAUGGUGCUCAGUUUGGAAGGAAACAAGCAAUGAGGGAGCGCCAGACUCGUAUGAUGGAAGAGCAGCUGGAGCAGUCUCUCAAGCGAUCCAGGGAAGCUGAAGAAUCGCAGCGCGAAGAAAUUGAACGCGCGUCAAAGAGCCAAAAGACGCAAAGCGAGAUUUCGAGUGCAAAGGAGAGAUAUCUGGCCAGAAAGCGGGCGGCUGAGGAAGCAAAGAAGCAGUCAUCAGAGGGAUAG